GUGGUUUUUUAAGGAUAAUAUUUAUAUCAUGCCUAUGUACCACAAACUGCUAAACACUUCAGAAAUAUUACCCCAUUUUAUGCACGUGCAAUGUUUUCAGGAUCAGAAAUUCUUGGUAAGUGAGCAGCUCAGAGUAGUGGAUAAUGAAUGAACUAGCCUUAGGAAGAUCUGGUUAGUUAAUUGGUUCAAGACUCACCACGGACACAGAGUCGGUGACCUUGUGAAAAUCACCUAACCUCUCAAAGGCUAGUCAACUUUCUAAGACAUAAAUUACAGAACCUUCCUUCCCUUGGGUAGGUGUGAGAACAAUUCAUGGGCUUCCCUUUAUUGAUGGUUCUCCCCACCAAUGAAAUUACAGGUCAGAACCCCAAACAACUAUCAAGUAGGUGGAGGAGGGAUUUUAGGAAUAAAGAUAACUGCUAAAUACUGGGUGGAUGGAUGUGUUCUAGUACUUUGUGCUGGGGUACUUAAUCUUUGUCAAGGUUGUCCCGAGCAGUCUGGUGAACUCCUCGGAAUGUUUUUAAAUGCAUAAAACACAUAGGAUUAAAAAGGAAGCCAAUUAUAGAUAGAUAUAUCUAGAUAUCCAGUAUGAAUUUAGGUUAAGAACCCCUACUCAAAAGCUAGUAGUUGAUUAAAGGACAGACUAAUAAGUCUAUAUUAUAUGAUAUGACUGACAGCAAAGGGAUUUUGAAUCCAGGAUCUUGACUCUUCUUUAAAAAAAAAUCGAUUUUUAUUAAUCUUUUGUUUCCCCCCUCUGGGAGCCAUCCCUUUUAAAAUGCCUUUCCCUGGGCACAAAUUGGGCAGCGGGUAGGCUUCCCUCGUUAGAAUGGAAACUCCUUACAUCUGAUUUUUUUAAGCAAUUUUUUUUUGUUUUAACAAAUACUUAAAUAAAAAGAGGGUGAAGACAAAAUAAUCAGCAAAACCAAUCAGUACAUAGAAAAAGUCUGAUAAGAUUCCCGUGGACCCUUCCCCCUCUGGAAAGUGGGGGUGACGUGGGAGGAGGGAGGGUAAGACUCCUUCAUUCUGUGAUAGGUGAACAAAAAAGCAUAUCUACUUAUCUCUUUGUUUACCUCGCGGAUCCUUAAAAACGAAGUGUUUCUGGUCACUCCGGCCACAACAGCCCUUACUCACAACUAAAGAGAGGAAAAUCAAAAGGGAAAGUGCCAGGACUUAAGAUGGCCAAUCAAAAGCACUUCCGGUCCUGGCCUGCCCACUUCCAACAUGACGGCCAUGCGCCUUGAAGUCUAUUCGUGCCGCUUCAGGUGGAGUACGCAACACGCCGUCCUCUUAGCCUACGUCACUUCCGGUGGUGCAGCAGCCAUUUUGUCGGCCACAAGCGGAUCCCGCGCGCUGGGAAAGUGCAGUUCCCCCUGGUUACAAACCCUCCGGUCACCGCCCCCCGCCCCCUCCACCUAGUCCCGCGGGCGCCGUCGGAGGGGUAGACGGACAGGAAGAGCAGCCUUCCCCAGGGCCGGUGUGCCCUCCAGUUGUCACAGGCCAGGGCCCGAGGCAGAGCGGCCAAGUGACCGAGUCGUCCAGGAUGUCGAGCGAGGAGAGCUACCGGGCCAUCCUGCGUUACCUGACGAACGAGCGGGAGCCGUACGCGCCAGGCACCGAGGGCAACGCCAAGCGCAAGAUCCGCAAGGCGGCCGCCUGCUACGUGGUGCGCGGCGGGACCCUCUACUACCAGCGGCGGCAGCGCCAUCGCCAGCGCUUCGCCGAGCUGGAGGUGGUGCUGCAGCCCGAGAGGCGUCGGGGGCUCAUCGAGGCGGCGCACCUGGGGCCCGACGGCACCCACCACACCCGGCACCAGACGUGGCACGACCUGUCCAAGAACUACUGGUGGCGAGGUAUUUUAAAGCAAGUAAAAGACUACAUUAAAGAGUGUAGCAAAUGCCAGGAGAAGCUGGAUCGAGCCCGCCCAAUAUCAGAUACUUCUGAAAUGUUGGAAGAAUUGGGAUUAGAACUAGAAUCUACUGAAGAGAGUAAUGAAACAGAUGAUGACCAAAGCAAUCCUGCAUCUGUUCCAAGUGCAGUGUCCAAGACUGUGAAAAAGAAGCCAAUAUCCAAACAUGAACUUGUAUUUGUUGACACUAAAGGUGUUGUGAAACAGUCUUCGCCAAAACAUUGUCGAGCGGUCUUAAAACAGCUGAAUCAGCAGAGACUUAACAAUCAGUUCUGUGAUGUUACUUUGUUAAUUGAAGGAGAAGAGUACAGAGCUCAUAAGUCUGUUUUGUCAGCUAACAGCGAGUACUUCCGAGACCUUUUUAUAGAAAAGGGUGCUGUUUCCAGUCAUGAAGCUGUGGUGGAUCUGUCAGGCUUUUGUAAGUCAAGUUUCCUUCCCUUGCUGGAGUUUGCUUAUACUUCGGUGUUAAGUUUUGACUUUUGUAGCAUGGCGGAUGUUGCCAUCUUGGCCCGCCACCUUUUCAUGUCUGAAGUCUUGGAAAUCUGUGAAAGUGUACAUAAACUAAUGGAGGAAAAACAGAUUACCGUAUACAAAAAAGGUGAAGUACAAACAGUUGAAUCUACUCAAAAUCUACCAGAGCAGAAUGGAGGUGCAGCAGAAACUGUGGGCAACAUUGAAGAAGUUGUACCCCCAGAACUUGAAACCAGUACAUUUGUGUCCCCUAUAAAUGGAGAAUUUCCAGGUGAUGGGCAGGAAGGUGAGAGUACCCAGCAGGUUGAAUCCCAAGUUUGUUCAGAGUCUCAGUCUGUUUUAGUACAGACAGAAAAUAUAACCCAUUCACAUUCUGGAAUCAAGUCUGAAGCAGUGACAAACAGCAACAUGAUAAUUCUUGAAAUAGAAACCUCAGAUACCAGAAAAGAUGACAGAGUUUCCAAGGCCCUUCCCACUCCUGUGGUAGAGGAAGGGAACACCAGCACUGCAGUGGACAAAGAAAUGGAAAAUGAUGAUGAUAGCAAAUCAUUUGAAGAUACCUAUGCCGAGGAUGUUGCAGAAGAUCACAAGCAAAACCAUGGCCAACCAACACAAGUCCAAGGAAGCCCUGUUGGACAACACGAGAAGGCAGCCCUCAGCCCCGAUGACACUUACAAAAGCAGACUCCGUCAGCGCUCUGUUAGUGAAGGUGGAUAUAUACGACUACACAAAGGAAUAGAGAAAAAGCUUCAGAAUAGGAAAGCCAAUCCUAAGUCAGCAGUUCAGCAGGUUGCUCUGAAAUUAGUUCAAAGGGGGAAAAAAAUGAAGCAGCCCAAAAGAGAGGCUAAUGAGAACACAGAAGAAGAAACAGCACACAGAUGUAGUGAAUGUGGAAUGGAUUUUCAGAGACGCUAUGCCCUUAUCAUGCACACAUUGAAACAUGAAAGAACUAAAGAUUACAAGUGCCCACUGUGCAAAAAAGAAUUUCAGUAUAGUGCUUCUUUACGAGCACACCUCAUUCGACAUACCCGAAAAAGUGAUGUACCUACUUCCUCUACUGCUGAAGAAGAUUCAGGAGCAUCAACCGAAAAGGGUCGAACCAAGCGAGAGUUUAUAUGUUCUAUAUGUGGAAGGACAUUGCCCAAACUAUAUUCUCUCAGAAUACACAUGUUGAAGCACACAGGUGUGAAGCCACAUGCAUGCCAGGUCUGUGGAAAAGCUUUCAUUUACAAGCAUGGUUUAAAAUUACACCUGGCUCUCCAUGAAGCACAGAAACAGUUCCAGUGUGAACUCUGUGUUAAGUCUUUUGUCACCAAACGUAGUCUUCAAGAACAUAUGAGCAUUCAUACAGGAGAGUCAAAAUACCUUUGCUCAAUCUGUGGAAAGUCUUUUCAUAGGGGCUCGGGACUCAGCAAGCACCUAAAGAAACAUCAGCCAAAGCCUGAGGUUCGAGGUUAUCAGUGUACUCAAUGUGAAAAAAGUUUCUUUGAAGCUCGAGAUCUCCGCCAGCACAUGAACAAACAUCUUGGUGUGAAGCCAUUCCAGUGCCAAUUUUGUGAAAAGUGCUAUAGUUGGAAGAAAGAUUGGUAUUCCCAUGUAAAGUCUCAUUCUGUCACGGAACCUUAUAGGUGCAAUGUAUGUGGUAAGGAAUUCUAUGAAAAAGCCUUAUAUAGAAGACAUGUAAAGAAAGCUACUCAUGGGAAAAAAGGAAGAGCAAAACAAAAUCUGGAACGUGUGUGUGAACAGUGUGGAAGAAAAUUCACUCAACUACGGGAGUAUAGAAGACACAUGAACAACCAUGAAGGAGUUAAGCCGUUCGAAUGCUUAACGUGUGGGGUUGCUUGGGCUGAUGCACGUUCCCUGAAACGCCAUGUAAGAACACACACAGGUGAACGGCCCUAUGUCUGUCCUGUGUGCAAUGAAGCUUAUAUUGAUGCUCGAACACUCCGGAAACACAUGACCAAAUUCCACAGGGAUUAUGUGCCUUGCAAGAUUAUGCUGGAGAAAGAUACCCUUCAGUUUCAUAACCAGGGAACUCAAGUGGAGCAUGCCUUUAGCAUCUUAACAUCAGGCAUGCAAGAACAAGAAAGCAGUGGUCCUCAGGAAAUUGAGACUGUAGUAGUGACCGGAGAAACCAUUGAAGCUAUUGAAGCUGUUGCAGCUACUGAGGAAUGUGCAUCAGUGUCAACUCUUUCUGACCAAAGUAUUAUGCAAGUAGUUAAUUAUGUACUGGCACAGCAGCAAGGACAGAAAAUAUCUGAAGUAACAGAAGCUAUUGAAACAGUGGAAGUUGAAGUGGCACAUGUUUCAGAACCAGAGUGAGCCCAGUAACAGAGCUAGAGGAAAUUUUGGUGAUGACUCUUCCUGUGCCAUAAACUUGCACACAGCUUGUUUACAGCAUCUGACUUACAGCUCAGAGUUCCUGUUUCAAGGAUUUUUGCUGCUUGAUGACGCACUAUCUGCAUUGCUGAACAGUCUGUCCAGCCUAAAGGUUCUGUCAAGAAGUUUCUCUCCCGCCCCCUGCAAUUUUAGUUAUAUAGUAUAGAGAAAUUUGAAACAAAUCUUUCUAUUUAAUUGUUUAUCAUGGUAUAAUUUUUAAUAGAUUAAUUUUUAUAAAGACUGUACUUAGAAUUGUAUAGUUUCCUGUUUUCACUUUAUUUUGUAUAUUUUGAGCUUAAAAGGGUAUUUCUCACUAGGCUUUCUGUCUUAUUGUCAGGAUAUGGAGGUAAAAUUUUGUGAUUUGACUUGCCCUAUUUACAGAUUGAAAAGAAAAUUCAGAUACUAAAGCAUUUUACUAAUGUCUGUAGGUACAUUGUUCUGUACAAUAAUAGCUUUUAAUGUCUUAAAAUCUGUAAUUUGUGACUUACUGUUUAAAUUCAAUCCCUUCCAAGUCAAGGACUCUAUUUCAUUUUAAAGCACUUAUUGAGCCCACAUGGUUAUAAAUCAAGUGUGCACUUGACUAUGUAGGCAAUCUAUAACUGAAUAUUUAGUCCUAGGUUGUUUUUUUUUUUUUAAAUGCCAUGAAAUUACAUAGUACUUCCAACAAAAUAGGCCUUGUUUUAUCAUCUCUUUAAGGCAAGGAAAUUGACCUGGAGGCUGGAGAGCUUUGUUAUUGUUGAAAUUGAACACUGUUAAUGAGGAAAAUCCUUCCAUGUUAACUUUAGUACAAUAAAUGGAAAAUCUUGUUCUUUUGCUAUAGCAUGGACAAGUCAAAACUAGGUUUGAUGUUUUCAGUCAUUGUAUCAUGUUUAAUUGCUUAAUUUAAUUGAAAAAUUGGAUCAAUUUAAAAGCAGAGUAGCCACCAACACAUGCAAUAUGUUGCAAGAAUGCUGCGUAAUAAUUAAGUUCAGUAAUAAUGAAAAUUCUUUGCAGCCCUCACUACAGUAUACUAACCUAAAAAAAAUUAGCCUUUUGUAACCAACCUGAUUGUUGAAAAUGAAUUCAAUAAAAAGUAGAUUACAUGGAAGCUAAAAAUUACAUUUAUUCAAGUGUGUAUAUUUUUAAAAUGUCCACAUCUGUAUUCGAGUUGACCAGCCUCCCACCAAAAUCCAAAAUCACCAAGGGGAAGUCCUUGGUAGCUCCACCUAAGAAGCUACUACUUAAGAUGUAAUUAUUAUAAUUCAACUUUUAAGUGUUUGGAACAAUUAUAAAAUGCACAGAUUUUUUAAAAGAGGUUAAUUGUUCCUAAAGCACAAGAAGAGGAUGUGCCUUGAUGUAUACACAUUACCAAGAUAUUUAUUCCAGUUUGCCUAUAUGACUUUAACGGCAAGGAGUAAAUAUGUUAGCCAUGCAUGCGUCAGAUUUGCAUACGUGAUAUUUGCUUUUGCAAAUUUUCCCAUCUUGUAAUAGCUAUAUGGCUGACAUUCAAUUUUAGGAAGAAGAUUUUAAAAUAGUCCAGCUUUUAAAAGGCUGCUUGUUUGGAGGUUUGGGAAGGGGGCUUUUUUUUUUUAAACUCUUAUAAAAAUUUAUUUCAAUUUGACUAAAAUUUGGGACUCUGUCAUUUUUGUUCACACAUACUCUUGUUUAUGGUAUUGGAUUUACUGAGUUGUAAGACAAAUAGACCAUUAAUGUAUAUCAUAAAUAUGUAAAUAAAACCCGCUGUUGAAUCUUGUUUAAAAGCUUUGAAGUUGAAUAGAGGCUUGUCAUUCUAUUUUUAAGCAUACAGUGCUUUCUGUAUUGCAAAUAUUUUUCUUUUUCCAGAUAACAUUUUGUCUGUAAUUGAGCUGAUCAGUUUUUACUAGGGCAAAAAAGAAAUAGGAGCUUUGUGUCUUAACAAAUCCUUUAUUGAUCCUUUAUGGAAAGCUUGGGUCAUGUGGCCAUACAGGCUGGCUACAAUUCUAACUGUUUCAAGUUAAAUUUAAUAUUACUUCCACGUCAAAUGUAAUGUAAAUAGUUUCCAACUUAGCUUGAGAAAUGUAUUUAAAUGUACAUAAGUUGGUAUUAAGCAUACAAAUAAAUGCUAAAAACAUUUGAAUAUUUAAGAUAUUUUAAUAUUACCAUGUGACAAAUUGUUUCAGCUCUAAUUAUUCCAUGAUCAUUUAGUAAUUAAUGUGUUAAGAAAUAAUCAUAUUAGAGAAACAAGGAAAGUAACUUCUCCCCCAAACAAAUAUAUUUUCAUGUUUUUCUUAUAUUCAGUGAGGGCUUGCUAAUUUGAAAAUUAUGUUUCUCAGAUAAAGAUAGCUAGAGUUAAAUGUAAAAUAAUACUGCACAAAAUGGAAGUUCAAAAAAAAAUCCUUCAGAAGAAUUAACUCUUCUAGCCUUUUCCUUCUGUUAGUGAACUGGGUAGAACUUAGAACCUCUAUUUUGAACCCUACUUUAUCUUUAAAUCUUAAAACCUCUACUUUAAAUAAAUCCUACUUUGUUAAAUCAUCAGUAAAAACUCAUUUCCCAUAAUAUUGUUUAAUGAAAAUGUUUGUUGUAUUUGUUAUUGUAUAAAAAAUACUAAUAAGCAGUCUUAUC